UAUAAAAUAUACUUAGAACCCGGAUGUGUCAUGGUGCAUAUUGGAGUGUCUAAAUGAUUCCGCUUCAAUUUAAUUUUUAAAAAGAUCUCGGUGUAGUAGAGAUAAUAAAAAUUGUUUAAGCAUUAAUGGUAAUGCAUGCAAGGAAACUCCCAAGACUCAAUGAUGGGUACAUCGACAGAAAUCAAGCCCAUCAGUAUGAGGGUAAUGGAAAAUAUUCAGCCAAACCUAAUUUUACUGAACGAUAUAAUGACCGCAUCAGAGAAUCUCCUACAACUAGUAAUAGUAGUAAUUAUGGAAAGACUGAAAGCCCAGAUACAAAAAAUAGUCCACGUUGUCAUAAUAAAUCUGUAUAUUCUCAGCGAAGUAAAGAAAGGGAGCAUCAUGAAACUGUUCCAAGCAAAUCUCCUCUUCAAAGAGAUCGUAUUGUCAAAACUGGUGGAAAUGGAAAAGAUCAACAACUAUCUGCUGUCCGAAGAAAUACUGAGAGUACUGGAAGUACUCAUAGGACUAAUCAUGAUCGGAGUCAUUCAGAGGAUAAAGAGAAGAGAAUUCAAGUGGGUGAUUGGUCAGAACACAUUAGUUCAUCUGGAAAAAAAUACUAUUACAAUUGUAAAACAGAAGUUUCUCAGUGGGAAAAGCCAAAAGAGUGGAUUGAUUGGGAGAAUUUACUUAAAGAUUAUAUAAUAACUAGGGGCAAAACUCCAGGUUGCCUACAGCAGCUCAUCUCCCUAUUCUUUUUACCACUUGUUCCCAUAUCAGAAAAACAUUCCACAACAAGUACAGAUCGAUCAUCUCAUGCUUAUCAGCAUCAGCAGCAGCAGCAGCAGCAGCAACAACAACAAACAGCUAAAAUUCAUAAUGAACAUGCCCAUCCAACUUCUAUUACAAAUAAAGUUAUUACUUCGUCAGUUAGAAGUACAGACCUCGCAGAAAAAGUUGAACUUCAUCCUGUUUUGGGAGAAAAAUGUGAUCGAUUUAAGAGAACGGAGAGUAGACGGGGAAGUGAAGCUUCCCAAACACAUGACAUGGAUAUAUCACCAGGGAGUGGUGAUACUCCAACAAGUAAUUUACCAGAAGUUUAUCAACCAGUGACUGUUUCUCAUUCAUCACAUCUACCUAAUCAAACAACUCCUCAAAUUUCUCAAACUCAAUUAUUAUCUCCAUCACAAGUUACACUAGCAAAUCUUCCAAGAUUAAUAUCUCAGCUUGCAGGAACCAAAGGUCUACCAAAUCUAUCUGAAUUAUCACCUCAAGAUGCACUUAGAACAAUUCAGCAAGCUUUACAAUUAACAAAGCAAGUAACAAGUUUAGCACAGUCAGGCAAUGUUAGUCGUUCUCCUCAUGCAUCAGUGACACCAUCAGAAAAUGCAGCACAGAAAUCACAAUCUCCAUCUAUGGUUUCAGGUCAUCUAUCUCAUAAUUCUCUCAUACAAAAUAGUCAUAGUCACACUCCACCAACAAGUCAUAAUUCCAAUUAUCACUCACAGUACCAACAACAUGCACUUCCUCCACCAUCAGUAGAUGGAAAAAUAGAUACUGAAAGAGGUCAUGUUUCUCCAGCUUCAGAUUAUAGUAGUCGUUCAUCUAGGCAUGGUAGUCCAACAUCAAGUAUCAGCAGUUUACAUAGUCUAAGUGGUGGUGGUCCAAGUUCCUUAGUGUCUGCUGUUUUAAAGCCUGUGGUACCAUCAUUACCACCUUCACUGGCAAAUUAUUAUUCUGAAAAUUAUAUUUCCCAUGUGACUGGAUGGCAAGCUGAUCAUGCAGAAAGACAGGUUUGUUUAAUUUUUAAUAUAGAACUUUCUCGGGAUGCAUAUUAUUCUAAGGAUUAUCCCGAUAAAUAUUAUGAACAUAAACGGCACAAUUCACGAGAAAGACAUUUUCAUAGAUCUAGAUCCAGAACAAGAUCUAGAACUUAUUCAAGAUCUAGAUCCCGUUCACGUUCACGAUCUAGAUCUAGAUCUAGAUCACGUCGUUAUUAUCCAGAAUAUCAUUCGCGCUCCAGAAGCAGAUCUUACUCACCAUUACCACCAUCAUCAUUACAUCAUCACCACCACCACCACCAUCAUCAUCAGCCUAGAUCACGUUCCCGCUCAAGAUCAUAUUCCCCUCAUACGCCUUCUGAAAGAAACAGUUCUAAUUUAUCUAGGAAAUAUAGUAAUCAAGAGAAAGGAAAUGUGGAAAUAUUGAGAAAACCAAUAUUGCAAAAUAGACAAGAAGAAUAUUCUGAAAAUCAAGAAUCUAGAAAAUUUUCCAAUAAUUCAAAUAGUCCUGAAUUAGUUAGAAAAUCAUUUCAAGAUAAGAGUGAUUUAGAAAUAUUUAGGAAAACAGAAAUAAAUAGGAAAAGAUCAAUUGAAAUUAAGCCACCUAGUAUCUGUCCAGAAAGAUUUAGCAUGGAAAAGCACAGUUACCCGUCAAUGUAUAAAAUGGCUACAGAUCAAGUCGCACAGGAUAAAUGGAAAUUGCAGAAUCCGUGCUGUGGUUCUUACUUACUUGUCAAGCAUCCACAGCAUUGGAUAAUGUUUUUAAGACAACAAAUUAAAGAAAUAGAAGAUUGGAAAGCACGAAAUACAUUUAUGCCUGAUACUUAGCAUUCUAGGAUUUUUAGUUUGAAAGGGAAAUCCUGGGACAUGAUAGGGAAGUCUCCUUAUGAAAGACUUCAAUGAAAUAUAUUGUGGGUGCUAUUACUGAGGACUCAGUCACCAUCUGCAUGAAUAUUAGAAUUUUCCUCAGUUGAAAUACACUCUGAAACAGUGUCUGACAAAUACAUAUGCCAGUUUUUAGUGCGUUCAUGAGUGUGUUUGUAAGGUGUGUUGAAGAAGAAUUAGUGCAGCUAUAUAGAAACAAUGUUUAAAAAACAAGAAGACAAAAACAAAGGCUGCAGAACUUGACUGAAAUAGCAGUGAGAAAUUAGGAGAACUGAAGUGUUGCAAGUGAUUUCCAUCCUUAAAAAACUGACAGUUAUCAGUCUCCGUUUCGUUUUUAUUUGCCAAGCAGAUUUUGAUGUUUGUUAUGGAUGUCAGUGCCAUCUACAGUCAAUAGUAAUAUUCUAAAACUGAGACUUAUUGGUAAAAAAAAAUGGAAGGAAUAAAAUUAAUGCUUUUUCUGUAGAUUGCAGAAUAAAUGAAUUAUUACAGUUAUUGUUUUCAAGACCUCUCAAGCUUUAAUAUGAAAUAUAAUUAAUUGUACAGAUACAGUAAUGUUUUUUUCACCCUCCCAUAAAAUUUAUCAAAAUUCCAUUUAAAAUUUUUCAACAAAAAUAAUUUGUUAAAUAAUUUCACCUGAUAAUUAUAUAUUUACUAAUUUAUGGACAUAGGAAUUUUUAACAAUCUUUUAAGCUAUUUAAUUUUUUUUCUUUGGAGGAACUUUUAUUCUUUUCAUGUGUCAAAACACAUCUUUUUCUUUUAAAUUUUUUGUUUAUAAAUAGUAAAAUUGGAAAGUAUAAUUUAUGAAGUUUAAAAUUUACAUAAAUUUUAAACUAUAUAUGAAUUUCCAGUAAAUUACUAUGUGUAAAUUCCAUAGGAGGUUCAGUUUUUUUAUUCUGUUUUCAUUAAAUUAAAAUGUGCAUGAAACUGUUGUAAAAUAAAACAAAUUUGUAUUUUCUUGUUAGAAUUUAAUCUUCUGUUUUAAACAUGGACAUCACAUUAGUCUGUACAUUGUUCUUUUGUAAACAAAUUCACUACCAAUAAGCUGGUUUCUCAAAAAGAAAUGAAAGACUAGCAAUGUUUGAUGUCUUUAAUUAACAAUAAUGAUAAUUCUCAUUAACUUCCUGAAAUUAAUAGAGAAUUGUACCUAGUUUACCUACUGUACUUGUCACUUUGUGCAAUACAAGCAUUUGUAAGCAGUGCUUGUGGCCAUUAUUUUCAAUUGUCAUAUCCAAGAUUGUGUACAGGGUUGACAAAUGUUUUUAUGAGAAGAGUGUGAUGUGUGUGUGUAUAGUAAAAACAAAAAAAAAAGUGACAACAGGAUGAGGAAGAAUGACUCAACUAUAAAGGAAAUGGUGUAUUAUAAUAGUUGGUUGGGUGUAAGUAUGCUUGCUUCUGUAUAAUUAAUUUGAUUCAUCUAGCAUUACUAUUGUAAUUUAACUGACUGACUAUACCAGCCAGUUGUGUAAUAUGACCAAAUCUGUGACAAUGACCAAAAUGGAACAUUUAUGUAGUGGGGGGAUUUGAAUGGAAAAAUUAAAAACAGCAAUCUUUAA